CGCGCCCUCGGCCACUCCCCGGGGCGACCGGGCGGCUCCACACGCGCUGCGCCCGCCGCCGGCCCCACGCGCGGCCCAUGUCCUCCGCGCCGCGCUCGCCCACCCCGCGGCCCCGCAGGAUGAAGAAGGACGAGUCGUUCCUGGGCAAGCUGGGCGGCACCCUGGCCAGGAAGCGGAGGGCGCGCGAGGUGAGUGACCUGCAGGAAGAAGGCAAGAAUGCCAUCAACUCACCGAUGUCCCCCGCCCUGGUGGAUGUUCACCCUGAAGACACCCAGCUCGAGGAGAAUGAGGAGCGCACGAUGAUCGACCCCACUUCCAAGGAAGACCCCAAGUUCAAGGAACUGGUCAAGGUCCUCCUCGACUGGAUUAAUGACGUGCUGGUGGAGGAGAGGAUCAUUGUGAAGCAGCUGGAGGAAGACCUGUAUGACGGCCAGGUGCUGCAGAAGCUCUUGGAAAAACUGGCAGGAUGCAAGCUGAAUGUGGCUGAGGUGACACAGUCCGAAAUAGGGCAGAAACAGAAGCUGCAGACGGUGCUGGAAGCAGUACAUGACCUGCUGCGGCCCCGCGGCUGGGUGCUCCGGUGGAGCGUGGACUCAAUUCACGGGAAGAACCUGGUGGCCAUCCUCCACCUGCUGGUCUCUCUGGCCAUGCACUUCAGGGCCCCCAUCCGCCUUCCUGAGCAUGUAACGGUGCAGGUGGUGGUUGUGCGGAAACGGGAAGGCCUGCUGCAUUCCAGCCACAUCUCGGAGGAGCUGACCACAACCACAGAGAUGAUGACGGGCCGGUUUGAGCGGGAUGCCUUCGACACGCUGUUCGACCACGCCCCGGAUAAGCUCAGCGUGGUGAAGAAGUCUCUCAUCACUUUUGUGAACAAGCACCUGAACAAGCUGAAUUUGGAGGUGACGGAACUGGAGACCCAGGUAUGCGCUGCUUUGGCUUGGAGGAUCCUUUGUCCACCGCCGUUUGCAGUCAGCGUUUUGAUCCCAGGUGGGGCGCGUGAACAAAGCUGGCGCCAUUUUGUUCAUCUCACAAGGAGCUCCCGUGGUGCGGGCAGAAAUAACCACCGCGGCCUUCUCAGCCCCUCCGUCUUCCUUUCCCGGGGCUGCUGCCACAAAACACCACAAACCGAGUGGCCGAAACAACAGAGCUUUGUGUCCUCGAAGUGCUGGAGGCCGAAGUCCAAAGUCAAGGUGGGACCCGGGUGGGCUCCCUCCAAGGCUGUGAGGGAGGAGCUGUUCCUGGCUCCCUCUCAGCUUCUGGGGUUUUGCCAGGAUCUUUAGCAUUCCUUGGCUUGUACACACAUCACUCCCUUCUCUGCCUUCAUCUUCAUGUGGUGUCGUCCUUGUGUGUGUGUCUCUGUGUCCAAAUGUCCCCCUUUUAUCAGGACGUGGUCACGUUGGAUUAGAGCCCACUCAUGGCUUCAUCCCAACCUGACUGCAUCUGUGUAAACCUUGUUUCCAGAUAUGGUCACAUUCAGAGGUCCUGGUGAUUAGGGUUCCACUGUAUCUUUUUUUUUUUUUUUUUUUUUUUUUUUUAAGACAGAGUCUCGCUCUGUCACCCCGGCUGGAGUGCAGUGGCGUGAUCUCGGCUCAUUGCAACCUCCGCCUCCCGGGUUCCAAUGAUUCUCCUGCCUCAGCCUCCCAAGUAGCUGGGACUACAGGUGCGUCCCACCAUGCCCAGCUAAUUUUUGUAUUGUUAGUAGAGACAGGGUUUCACCAUGUUGGACAGGAUGGUCUCGAUCUCUUGGCCUCAUGAUCUGCCUGCCUCAGCUUCCCAACUACUGUAUUUUUUUUUGGAAGAUGCAAAACCCCAAAACACCUGAAUGGUGUUAUUCAACCCAUAACACCUCCAGGGCUCCACCCCAGCCCACCACAGGGCCUUUGCACAUGCAGUUCCUCUGUCUAGAACAUGCUGGCCCCUUCAGCCUCUGCUCAGUGCUGCUGUCACACUGUGGGCAGGACCUAGCAAAUAUCCCCCUGGUAAGUACAUACAACACAUUUCUUCUGCAAUAAGUAUAUCAAAUCUACUCCCUCAGCCCCAACCCCUACUCAAAGCUAAAGGAGCAUCCUUAAAUUACGUUUUUGGGCACUCCGCGAGCAUUAAAGACAAAAUAUAAUUUUCCCAGGAUUAGCGGGAUGCUUGAAUGCGGAAAUUUUUGAGCUCUUGGUACAGACAUCCCUAAUGCACAGCUGAUCCUUCUUAAACCCCAGGGUGAAUGCAUUCAUUCCCUUCCCUUUCUUUAACUUUUCUCAUUUGCUUUUCUAAUUUAAAAAGUAAUUCAGGUUCAUUGUAGAAAUGUCUGAAAAUGCAGAUAAGCAAAACAACAAUCACCCGUAAUCCCGUCACCCGGAGAUGAAUGCACAGAGGGUUUUGUUCAGGCCUUUUUUCUACACAUACGGCGAGUCACGGACAGCAUGGGUCUGUGUGCAAAAGCAUCACGGUCUGUUUUUAAUGUGUAUAUUUAUUUGUGUAUCGCUGGCCAACACAUUUCUUAUUUUCCGCAGUUUACAAAUGUUGCACAUUUAGCCUCGGAUUAUUUUCUGUUUGAGACAUUAGCACCCCAGAAGCAGCCGAGGUGAAAAGUAAAAAUCCUCCUUUCUACUUUUCUGGAGACCUCCCCCUUCAGACUGUCCAGGGGCAGCUAACUGGAGUUCAUGGUUGGAUGUGUAUUUUUCUAGAUAUUUUCUUUUCCUUUCUUUCUUUUUUUUGAGACAGUGUCUCGCUCUGUCACCCAGGCUGGAGUGCAGUGACACAAUCUCAGCUCACUGCAACCUCUACCUCCUGGGUUCAAGCAAUUCUCCUGCCUCAGCCUUCUGAGUAGCUGGGACUACAGGUGCGUGCCACCAUGCCUGGCUAAUUUUUUUGUAUUUUUAGUAGAGACGGGUUUCACCAUGUUGGUCAGGCUGGUCUCGAACUCCUGACCUCGUGACCUGCCUGCCUCGGCCUCCCAAAGUGUUGGGAUUACAGCUAUGAGCCACAUUUUCUAUGCACAAAGGUAUUUUUCUAAAUAACAGUGGAUCUUACUGCCCACUGUUUUGUAAUGUGUUUUGUGUCACUAAAUACACUGUGGGCAUCUUUUGGUGUAAGAGAAAGUGUGUGUGUGUGUUUCUGUCUUUUUUCCCUUGCUCGAUCUAUUGGUCUAUCUAUAUUUUGUCACUUUUAAUGGGAAGUGUAUCUCAUCAGCGGGAAGGCUGCACUGCACCUCAUUAAACCAGUGCCUCACGACUGGAUGUUUUUCUGCUCCUGUAAACAGCAGUGCAGAGAGCAUCUUUGUGCAUGGCUGGCUGUGCUCCUGCCUGCUUCCUCGGAAUAAAAGCCUAGAAGUGGAGUCAUUAGAGCGAAGCCUGUACCGCACACUUUGAAGGCUCAGGAAGAUUUGCUGUGUGGGGGCCCCUGGUACUGUCAUGGGGCGUGUGGGGGCACUGCUCCCCCACAUCCAUGCCAGCUGUCCCCACAGCCCUCUCAGAGGCGUCUGCACAUCAGUAUUCGCAGCUGGGCCUCUUACACUGAGACUCUAACAUUAAAUUUGCGUUUAUUUUUAUUUACUCAAUAUCUUCAUUUUUUUCCCCUAUUAAUCAUACUAUAUAGAGUCUUAAAAGUACGUUUAACCAGUGGUCCCCCAGAAAAGGUCGCUGGUCACAGAAAUGCACGGAUUUUUGUUUUGUUUUGUUGCAAAGGAAUUUGGGUGUUUUUAUAAAUACCGUAUACAUUUA